GAAAAACAUCAAUGGUCGCAGAGCGUAAAUACUACGACCUUCUGGAUAGCCAGCCAGAUGCCUCACAGGCUGAUUUGAAGAAGGCUUAUCGUAAGAAAGCACUCCGUCUUCACCCAGACAAAGGUGGUGAUCCUGACUUGUUCAAGGAGGUAACCCACGCCUACGAAGUCCUUUCAGAUGAAGACAAGAGACAAAUGUAUGAUCAAUACGGUGAAGAAGGUCUCCAAGGUGACGCUGGAAUGGGAAUGGAUCCAGGUGAUCUUUUCUCUCAAUUGUUCGGUGGUUUCGGUGGUGGUCGUCGUCCUACAGGUCCACGGAAAGGAAAAGACCUCGUUCACAGACUUGGUGUUUCAUUGGAAGACAUUUACAAGGGCAAGACUACUAAACUUGCACUUAACAAAAACACAAUCUGUACCGGCUGUGAAGGUAGAGGUGGUAAAGCAGGCUCUGUUAAGCAAUGUACUUCAUGUCAUGGUAGAGGUAUUAAGGUUACUUUGCGUCAACUUGGUCCAAUGAUGCAACAAGUUCAACAACAAUGUGACUCAUGUAAUGGUCAAGGUGAAGAAAUACCUGCAAAGGAUCGUUGUAAGACUUGUAACGGAAAGAAGAUCACUUCCGGUCGUAAAACUCUUGAAGUUCACAUUGAUAAGGGUUUGAAGAAUGGUGCAACUAUCGUAUUCAAUGGUGAAGCUGACCAAGCACCUGGUAUCGUUCCAGGUGAUGUCGUUAUCGUCGUUGAAGAGAAGCCACACAACAUCUUCAAGAGAAAAGGCAACGAUUUAUUCGCUGAGAAGGAAAUUGACUUACUUUCUGCACUUGGUGGUGGUUCAUUCACUAUUCCACACCUUGACGAUCGUUUAGUAAAGGUUACAUGGCAACCAGGUGAAGUUAUUACACCAGAGUCACUUCGUAAGAUUCCAAAGGAAGGUAUGCCAUCACAAAGAUUCCACGAAUUGGGUGACCUUUUCGUGCAUGUUAAGGUUAAGUUCCCAGAGUCAAUAGAUCCAACUUUGGUUCCACACCUUGAAAAGGCUUUACCACCAAGAAACUUACCAGAAGAAGACAACGCUAUGCACGUUGACGAUGUAGCAUUCGAGCAACUCUCAGCUGGUCAACAAGCUGAGCAACAUCACCGUCCAGACUCAAUGGAAGAAGAUGAUGAUGAUGACAUGCGCGGUGGUGCAGGCCCAGGUGUACAAUGCGCACAGCAGUAGACAACAUAUGUAGAACAAGAUUACCCGAGCAUUUGUAAAAGCCCUUUCCAUAAACUUUUUUU